AUGGCAGCGGCCUCAGUGACACGAGGCCGUGAUGGGAUACCAGCCUGGGACGGAACGCCGUCCAGUUUUGAAGAGUAUGCUGAGCAGUGCUUGAACUAUGAGCAGAGUACACCAACAUACAAACGUUACUUGGUGGGGCCCAAGUUGGUGGGGGAACUGACAGGGGCCGCAAAGAGGCACAUCGCCGGGCAGCCAACGACAUGGCUGUCACAUGACCAAGGUGUGGACACACUCCUUCGACAUCUGCGAGCAUGUUUGGGCCGUCCACAGAUUCCAGAGAUGACUGAGUAUCUUAACAGAUACUUCCGCCAAGGGCGGAGGAAGCCACAGGAGUCGAUGAAUGAGUACAUUUCACGCAAAUGUGAGGUGUAUCUCAGGGCGUGCCAAGCCAUGCAGAGGGUGGCACCGUACCAUCAGGACAAGUCCAAGGAGCACCACAACCAGUGGAGCCCCGGGGACAGCUAUGACCACGGACAAGGAAGAUGGUAUGGCACGCGCACCUGGACCAACGACAGUCGCCGAAGCAGCUGGGACUCGAACAGCACGAGUCGCGAGAACCACGCACCUGCGACCACGCAGGCGGCAGCACCGACCACCACCGGGACAGCGGGCAAUGGUGACGAGGGAGCGAGUGAGCAGAGCGAUGGAAGCCAGAGGACAGACGCAGACGCCUGGAGCCACCAGUCCUGGUGGGGAGGAUCCACCUGGCAGCCAUGGGGCUAUGGCUACGGAAGUUACUACGGCUGGGAGUCGGCGGGAAGCAAUCAGACCCGACCUUCCACACGAGGACGACCUCUUCCUGAGCUACUUCCGGAGUUCAUACAGGGGUGGUAUCUCCUGCAGGACGCAGGGCUGACGCAGUCUGAGAGGAACCUGGUACAAACGGCCGUACAGAAUGAUUUUUCUCUCCAGCGGGUGGCACAGGAGCUGCGCACCCAGUUUCACGACGUGGAGCACCAGCGCCGGGAGCACCGGCCCCACAGCUACCUCGGCACCAUUGCCGAGGAUGAGGACCUCGAUGAGGAGGAGCUCAUCCUUUGGUCCGAGGCCGCCGAGGAGAUUCAACAGGCAUGUGCAGUGAUUCAGAACGCCAGACGGACUUUGAAAGAAGCACGGGCAAAGCAAUCUGCAGUGCGCCUAGCGCGAAAGUACUACAAGCCGGGCAACUUCAACAAACCCAAGGAUGAUUCGCAGAUGAUUUGUCUAAAGCGCGGGGUCAAAGGCCACAGGGCAGCCAACUGCACAGGCUCCGGGGAACACGAGCUCCUCAGCACCAAGGAGGCAGUCAAGGCCGGCUAUGCGGUGAUUGACGGUGGUGCAACACGGACUUUGGGUUCCGUAGCGGCCAUCCAGAACGUCAUGGACAUCAAUGCUCGCAAGUAUGGCGAUUCCCGGGUGUUGGCCGUGGAUUUGGCCAACACACCGGUCUUCGGCUUCGGGAACUCUACCGAGGACCGCUGCACCAGCACCAUAGACCUCGGCAUCAGCGCCGGGAACAGAGAAGGCCAGAUCUCCAUUCACGCGCUGGACAAGGGAGAAAGCCCGAUUCUCCUUUCAGUGGCCUCUUUGAGGUCACUUGGGGCCAUCAUCGACUUCGAGGCCGACUUGGUGCGCUUUAGGGCAGUGGAUCCCCGUCGAGUGUUGGCAGUGCAGAGAUCAAUCACCGGCCACCAGCUCCUUCCGCUCACGGAGGACUUGUACGCCUCCGCAAGAUUUGAUUUUUCAGGGAGUCCUCACAACGAGUGCGUGAACAAGUUCCUGCCUCAACCUGCCCUCGCGCUUCACAGCAUGGACAUCCAGAAGCUCAAGAAGGCAGAGCUCCAGGCGACUCUUCGGGAGCUUGGGGAGGAACCGCCUACGCGCUGGACCAAGAAGGAGUUGACUCAGCGCAUCUUGGAGAUCAAACCCUCGUUGGCCGAGAAGCCGACGAAGCAGGUGACCGACCUGCAAGCCAAGAUCAAGGCCCUUGGUGUGGCCGCCCGAAAGAAAAGUACGCUGACCGCAUUCUGCGAAGAGGUUGGAGUGGACAUGAGAAGCAACCACAACAUGUGGUCCAUGGAGCAGGCAGCCUUACGCCGCCUCUACGAUAUCAGCACUCCGGCUGCAGAGGAUGUGGUGGGCUUUGGGCAGCACAGCACACUGCUGUAUCGCGAUAUCUUGAUCCUCCACCCCAGCUACAAGGAUUGGGCAAUCCGUGCGGCAAAGACGGCUACGGCGGACUACCGCUUGGUGCGCCUGGCAACGUGGCUGGAACAGCAGAGCAGCGAGGACAUCGAGCUGUACCAGACCAAGAGCGAGAUCAUGGACAAGAAGAGCAAGGAUAUCAAGGCGACGCCAUCGAAGGCCAGCUCCUCCAGCGAGGUGCCGGUGGAGCAAUUGAAGAACAUGAUGGAGACGAUGCACAACCUCCAGCAGGAGGUGGCCGAGAUGCGUGCCGAGAAGCCUCGCAAGGAGGUCCGUGGCAAGGCGACCGACCCGGCGAUGACGGAGACCAAUGGUGAGGGCCCCAAGAAGAUGUGA